GGUUGCACUGCCCCAGUUGACGCAGUACUGGUUCGAACUGCGCAUCCUGUCUUAUUUAACAUAACAGCCACCACCGCAACCACCCUUUCAACGUUUCUCUCAUUUGCCAGCAGACCUCCACAUUGUUCCAGAAUGGCUGAAGCAACGGGCGCCCAUGUCCACUAUACAGAUCAAUCUCCUACUACCGCUACUCCUGGUACCUCAUCCUCGACGCUGCAUCGCAACGACACCUUCAUGUCCACGACGACGAGAAGAAAUUCUGACGGGUAUAAAGACGAAGCAUUUGACCAUACGAAAUUAGACGAAAAAGACCAGCCAAAUCUAGUUCGGGGGGCGAGCACGCGGAGCAAGGCCUCAUAUAGUGAUUCGAAGCGCUACACAUACAUCGACGAAGAUUAUAAUCUCUAUCGACAUCCGCAGGAGGAAAGCAAGGAUUCUCUUGUUCAUAACGCUGCCGACAUUGGUCGUUCAGGCAACUAUCAAGACUUGGAAUACGCCGAUCCCUAUAAUGCUGAAAGAGCAAAGCCUGUAGCAGAGAAAGCUGGUCCAUUAGCGAGAUUCCUGGGUGAAGGGCGAUACCCAAUAGAGCAGAGAAUAGAGGACAAGAAACGCGGGAUCGGACGACAGAAGUACCCCUUCCUUGUAUGGCUCCUGACGCUCAUAAUGACCUGCACAUUCAUCUACGAGCUCAUCGUGAACUGGAAGCAGCAAGGGACUCCCGUCUCUUUCCACCCCACUGUGAACUAUAUGCUGGGUCCUUCUUCAGCAGCGAUCAUACAUGUCGGCGCGAGAUUUCCACCUUGCAUGAAAUAUGUUGAGGAUGUUCCCCCUACGUUAGAAAUGGGCUGUAUGAACAAUACCGCUAAUCCCGCCACUAUAUUAUGUACGAUUGAGGACCUAUGCGGAUUUGGAGGAUUCCACGAUGAAGAUCCCAAUCAGUGGUUCCGAUUCAUAACAGCAAUCUUUUUCCAUGCUGGAUUUGUACAUAUUCUUCUGAACAUGUUUGCUCAGCUCACCCUUUCCGCUCAAAUUGAAAGGGAAAUGGGAACUGGCGGCUUUUUCUUCACUUACAUGAGCGCCGGUAUCUUUGGUAAUAUAUUAGGAGGCAAUUUCGCGCUCGUCGGAAUACCUUCAAUAGGCGCCAGCGGAGCAAUUUUUGGCACAGUAGCGGUGACAUGGGUUGAUUUGUUUGCGCACUGGAAAUACCAAUAUAGACCAGUCAGGAAGCUGAUAUUUAUGACCAUUGAAUUGCUAGUCGGUGUUGCUAUUGGAUUCAUUCCUUAUGUCGACAACUUCGCUCACCUCGGAGGAUUUUUGAUGGGACUGCUGGUCGGAACCACAUUUUAUCCUGUCAUAAGUGUCACCAGGCGCCAUAAACUAAUAAUGUGGUCUUUCCGUAUCAUCGCCAUUCCAAUAGCGAUUGUUCUCUUUGUGGUUCUAACAAGGAAUUUCUACAAAUCGGAUCCUUAUGCUGCGUGCUCCUGGUGUCGCUACCUUUCUUGCUGGCCCACAUCAUCAAAUGAUCAUUGCAAGGGAACUGGCAUUGUCACAACUAAUUCUACCAGCGUAUGAACACAAUCUUAGUAGUCUUGUAAAUACCGAUACCAUGAUCUUGAACAUACCUUUGACACCAUUUAUCAUGCGGACAAAUCUUCUGUAUGCACGUAGAAUUUACGUAAGAUCCUGAAUUAAAUAAUUCUUG